AUGGGAUUUGCCAGUGCCAAGUUUGUGACAAGCGUGGCAGACGACAAGAAGUGUCUCCUGUGUCACGGUGUCCUGGACAACCCGGUCCGGUCCGCCUGCGGUCACGUGUUCUGCUCGGGCUGCAUACUGCCCUGGGUUGUCAAACACGGCCAGCGUCUACAAAAGUGCCGGCCCCUCGGCCCGACCGACCUUGAAAACGUCCUGCCCCUCCGCGAGGUCAACCUCAAGUUCAAGUGCGAGUUUUUCGACCGCGGCUGGACCCACGCGGUCCGGCUGACGGAUCUGAUCCGGCACACCCAACGGUGUGAGUUCAAACCCGUCGCCUGCGUCAGCCCCGGAUGUGGUCAACUGGUUCCCAAGAAGGACAUUUACCUGCACUUACCUGCACGAGACGGUCACGUGCCCGUGCCGACCCAUCGGGGAGUGUGACAAAGGGUGCGGCCUCGUGCUGCACCUCCACACCCUCGCCGACCACGACUGCUACUAGGCGCUCAAGGUCCUGGUCAGGACCCAGGAGGAGCAGCUGAAGGAGCUCAAAGAAAAGCUCGCGCUGGUCAGUACCAAGUUUUCCAAGAAGGAGAAAAGUCUUCUCGAGCAGGUUUCUGCCCUCAACCGACAACUCGGGGAACAGACUGAACAGUUCAAUAGAACGAUCAAAGACGUCAAG